AUGGGUUCCAAGAAGGGAAUUCGAAAAUCACCAAGAGGCAAAAAAUUAAAGAGAAAAGCUGAUCUGGAGACUUCUCAUCCUGAGACUGAUGAAGUGCUUGAAGAAAAAGAAGAAUCUGUAUCAGCCAACACUAUCACGAGCACCGAAUCAGUCAAAACCAGAGGGAAGCGUAAUGUGGUAGCACUGUACAAGGUCUUGGUCAAGAAAGCUUUGGGAAAAAAGUUUAAAGUAUCAUACACCGAGACGGGCAAUCCAAAUGGAAGAAUCAGACACACUCUGCAGUCUUACAUAGGAAUGUUGGCGCGGACCAAGGUGCCCAUCAAUAUUGUAAGCUGGCCCGAAGUGGAUGGUGACUUGAAGGAUAAACUUUGGCUCGAUGUUCAGGAAACAUUCAAGGUAGCCCCUGAAAGCAAGAAACUGGUAUUGACAUCUGCUGGCACUAAAUGGAGAGCAUUCAAGACCAUGUUAACACGAAAAUAUGUGCUCCCAUACUUGGGAAAGAAGAAGAAGUUGAGAAAGCCACCGAGUCAAUAUAAUUUUGUUGGGAGGGAGCCAUGGAAGGAUUUUGUAAAAGAGAGGACUACCGAAAAAUUUCUGCAACUUCAUAAUGAACAAAGUGAACGAGUUAAGAAGAGAAAAUAUCAUCAUCGAUUAUCAAGAAAAGGAUAUAUUGGACUAGAGGAGGAGCUGAGAAAGACGUUGCCCGAAGGAGAGGUCAUUGAUCGUGCAAUUAUGUGGAAGAAAGCCCGUCAACGAAAAGAUGGGGACAUAGAUGAGGAGGCUAGAGGUGUGGCCACAAAGAUAGAUGAUUUGUUGGAAAAGAAAAGUAAGGGUGAGCUUGAGAUCUCAGGGAAUAGUGAUGUUCUUUCUCAAGCAUUAGAAACUCCUGAACAUUCGGGUAGAGUGAGAGGCGUUGGAGGCUUUGUCAAUCCCUCAACCUACUUUAAGAUGCCGAAGCAGAAAAGGAUUAGAAUUACCAAGGCAGAAUUACUAGCACGUGAUAGAGAGCGUGAUCGUGAAUUGGAAGAGACAAAGAAAAUGCUCGCUGCACAACAAGCAAGGACAGAAGAGCUUUUACAUAAAAAGAUUGCUCAAUUAGAAGCACUAAUAACAGGGAAGACACCUUACACUUCACCUUUGAAUGUGCAUGUUGUAGGAGAGAAUACAAUUUCUCCUAUAUCGGAUAAAGGGAGUUUCCAAGAUAUAAGAAGAAAUACCUCCAAUAUUCUUGAUGAACCGAAGGUGAAACAAGAGGUUGACGACUGCGAGGUUGUUCCUCCCCCUACUGAAAUGGGUGGCACAUGUGAGUUAGCAGUGGACACCAUUAGCAACAUAGUUGCUUUUGGUACUGUUUUUGAUGAAGAGGAUGUCAGUAGGGUGAUACAUGGAGUUCCAAUGAAGGAGGGGUGUGUUAGGGUGUCUGUGGAUGGUGCCAUUCAAGAGGAAGCACGACUUCCUUUCCCAGUGGGUGAUGAGAUGGAAUUGGUUGGCCAAGCUGUUGGAAGUCAUGUGGCUUGGCCUGAAGAGCUUGUUAUUCGAAGAGUGAAUAAGAAAAAGAAAAGAAAGAUGGAUUUUGUCAAACAACUGUUUGACAAAGCUGAGCUAAACCCGUUUGUGCCCAAGCGUUGUAAGUUGUUGUACAAGCAUGCCAAGACUAUUAUGAGCCAAACCAAUGAGUCGAUAAGGACAAUGUUGGAUGAUAGUGUCUUUGGGGUACAGAAACAGCUCUUCAUAUUGACUGAGAAUGUCAUUGAUCUCUUAGAAAUGAAUAAGAUUGGCCAAGGAGUGAUAGCAGCAUAUAUGGCGAACCUACAUGAGACUCUCCGUGAGAGAGAUGAGUUGGAUACUUUUGGCUUCAUUGAUCCGGCAGCCACAUAUAUGUGUGAGAGAUCGGAAUUUGUCCCUUACUUGGUGAAUCGGUUGAAAGAGGGUAAGGGUGAUCGUAUAUUUUUAAUGGCCUACAAUCCGGGGGAACAUUGGAUAUUGACAAUCAUUUGGGAAGAUGAGAUUUAUAUCGUCGACCCUUUGCCAAAACCAGUGCAUUACAAACCAUGGGAAAAUGCAGUGAUAAAUGCAGUUAAAACUUACAAUGCUGAAAAGGGGAGGGUUACCAAAGUGCCUAAGUUAAAAUUACUUCCGGGCGCACCUAAGCAGCCGGGUGGAGUUGAGUGUGGUUAUUAUGUUAUGCGGUACAUGAAGGAUAUUAUUAAUGAUGACACGCUUUCGUUUUCAACCAAGUGGGCGGUAAAGGAUCGGAAAGGGUAUACCCAACAACAACUUGACGAGGUCCGCAUUGAAGUAGCCGACUACUUACAGACUCUGCUGUAGGUUCUGACCAGUUUCUUGAUUUUGAGUUAGGCUAGCUUUUAACUAACUUUUUGUAGCAAUUAUGAACAAA